UGUGCAUCUCUUCAUUUUAGAUUUAAUAAAAAGCAUGCAUGUCAGAGAAAUAGGACUACAGGGUGAUUUUUUAUUUACUGAUGCAAAUUUAGGGAAGAAUAAUUAGGGAUAAACGUAAAAACACAAGAAAUCUGCAAGUGGAGAAUGUGAAUGAGAUCUCGUAGACGAUCAUCAGUUUGGACGUUCUGACUUCUUUCUCCUUAAAAAAUGGACAACCACCAGACACUGACGGACUCGUUGCUCGGACCCCAGGAUCGGGAGCAAUCGUGCAGCCAGACCCCAGGACCUGUCACAAUUCAGCCAACUGAGGCAUCCUUCACUACACGCAAAUCUGACUCCUUCCCCUGCCUGCAACCGCUUUCUUUGCAGCAGCAAACCCAGGGAGAUGCCCACGACUCUGGAGAGGUCGUAGUAGUCAUCAAACAGAAGGCUACAAAUGCAGGUCAAGGAGGCUUUUCCUCUCCUCCAGAAGUGAAAUCAUCAGUUCCCAGACUCUCUUCUGCACCUCGGCGUCAUCAUUCCUUGCCCCAUACACACCAGCCUCACUUUGGACGAACGCGAAAGGGAAGCAGGUCAAGCUCCGUUGCGUACACAGCGUUCUCCCCACGACCCUCAAUCUCCCGCCACUCCAGCUUGGCAACCAACCAACCAUUGGAUCGCUCCAAACCCAAAGAUUACCUCAUCCUGGCAAUUAUUGCCUGCUUCUGCCCUGUUUGGCCAAUUAACAUCGUGGGAUUUGUCUACUCAGUCAUGUCUCGCAACAGCUUGGAACAGGGGAACAUCGAUGGAGCCAUACGGCUGGGCCGGGUAGCUAAGCUCCUUUCCGUCGUGUCGGUUGUGGGCGGAGUUAUCAUCAUAGUGGCAUGUGCUGUCAAUUUAUCAAUUAACGUGAAAUCUUGAUGCGAGCUCGAACUUCAGCUUCACAUCUGUCAGUCUACUGACCAGAAGACCAAACAUCUGUUCCUGUGAUCACAGUUUUAUCUAAAUGGCUCUAACACUUUAUUCCUCUUUAACACUCUAAUUAAUAACAGUACUUACAUUUACAGCAUUUAGCAGACACUCCUGUCCAGAGUUUAUACACCUGAGCAAUUGAGGGUUAAGGGCCUUGCUCAGGGGCCCUGCAGUGGCAACUUGGUGGACCUGGGAUUUGAACCAAUGACCUUCCGAUUCAGUAGCCGAACAUCUUAACCACUGAUCCCCUAAUACUAAUUCAAACCUUAUGUUUAUCCUGAAUCUCAACCACAUGAGGAGACAUGGAGGAGAAAUUAACAAAUGUUUUGAAUUGAUGUUUGGAAACGCACUUUUAGAGUGCAAAAUGAUACGGCCACGUUGGCAAAGCUUAACAUUUUUGAUGUGAAAAAUAAACGAGGAUCCGCUGGAGCAGAGACAAAAAAGAUGGCAGCUUAUUUAUUCAUAUGAAAUUGAAAAAUAUUUUUAAUAUUUUUGUUUUAAACAUGUUAAAAUUAAAAUGUUGUUUUUUUUUUCUUUAACAGCAUGUCUCUGUAUGAUGUUUUACAUUUUGCAUUAUUAUUAUUAUUAUUAUUAUUAUUAUUAUUAUUAUUUAUUAUUAUUAUUAUUUUUUUUUUUUGCUUGGACCCAAUUAUCAUGAAUUUUCCUCUUUGCAAUCAUUUAAAACGACAGUGUCAUAAAUUUGGACCUUAAAAAAAUGCAAUAAUGCAGUCACACAGUUUUUCGCUUCUCUUCAUUUCUUAUUAAAAUAUAUAUGUAGCCUGUUUUUACAGAAAGUAUGCAAGAAAAAAUUGGGAUGGUUUCAUAGGACAAGAUGUCACUCCCUAUUGUAUAUAUAGACUUUCUAUGCUGUGAUUUUUUUGUACUAAAAAAAAAAAAAGAAGUAUUGUAGGAUUUACAUAUGAGCACUGUGUAAACUUUAAAAAUCAAACUUUCAUCACUCGUGGAUUAACAACAAAACCUCAUUUUUCAUAUUCUAUUGAUAUAUGACAUUAGCUAGUACUUAUUAACCCUUUUUUCCCACUAUUCCAUGUGUUUAACAUACAGUAAUUGUUCACACUA